AUGGAAGGACCAUUAGUGAUAAGGUUUUUGGUUGAGAAUGGUAUCAAUCCCUAUGUGGGUGGAGGAGCAGGUUAUGAAGGUAACAGAAUUGGUGGUAUGAAGGUUGCAGAGGUGGAGGAAAGGGUUAUGGGUAUGGUAGGGGCUAAAUGGGUGGAUGUACAAGGGGUGGUGUAA